AUGGAUGAAACGGAUCCGAGGUUCAGCAAUUUUCAGAGUGUACGAUUCCCAUUUAUUGAUUUGGGAGGUGCAUCUCCUCUCUUGGUACCUUUUCUCCUCUUGGCUUUGGCCUCUCCGCUUGUCUCGGCCUUCUCGGCCUUCGAUCCAAGCCCUCUUCAAGACUUCUGUGUCGCCAUCGAUGACCCAAGGAUGCUGAAAGUUCUGCAAGGACCCGAAGCUCGUCAAUGCAAACGAUUUCUUAAAUCUGGUCUUAACAUUUCAGGAGACGUCUCGAAUGCUAUUGGUUCUAAUGUCACUGCUGUUACUGUCAAUGAACUACCAGGACUCAACACUCUUGGUGUAGCGCUGGUUCGAAUUGACUAUGCACCGUAUGGUGGCCUAAACCCACCUCACACUCACCCUCGCAACACAGAAAUCCGUGUAGUUCUAGAAGGAACACUUUACGUCGGAUUUGUCACAUCUAACGUGGAUGGUAAUCGCCUUUUCACUAAAAUCCUAAACACAGAAGACGUGUUUGUGUUUCCAAUCGGCAUAAUUCACUUCCAACUCAAUAUUGGGAAGACAGCUGCAGUGGCUUUUGCAGGAUUGAGCAGCCAAAACUUUGGUGUGAUUACAAUUGCUAAUGCAGUAUUUGGUUUAGAUCCACCAAUCAAUCCUGAUGUUCUCACUAAAGCCUUUCAACUAGACAAGAAUAUAGUGGAGUAUCUUCAGAAAAUGUUCUAG